GGGUGUGGGUGUGGGUGUGGGUGUGGGUGUGUGGGUGUGAGGGUGUGAACGAAGAAGAGAAUAACACCCACACCUACACCCACACCCACACCCACAUCCACACCCACAUCCACACCCACACCCACACCCACACCCGCCCACACCCACACCGACCCACACCCACACCCACACCCCACACCCAGACCCCACACCCACACCCCACACCCACGCCCACACCCACACCCACACCCACACCCACACCCUCACUCAAUACAUCAAUUGACGCACGUUGUUCAUUUCGCAGUAACGGCAGUAAUUUUCAUGAAUUCAGAACGAUAUCUUGAGGGUGUGGGUAGGUGUGGAUGUGGAUGGAGAUGUAUUCGAAUCUCGCAUCGACAUUCACGUCCACACCAAUACCCACGCCCACGCCCGUACCCACGUCCACACCCACAUCCACACUGACACCCACACCCACCCACACUCCAGACCCACACCCACCCACACCCACACUCACACCCCACACUCACCACACCUACACCCACAUCCAAAAUGUUCAUUUGCUCAUGCUGAGACAUAGUUCUGUAGCUCAUUUUUUUCUCAUCUUGAUCAAAUCAUUUUAUGAAACAAAAGGUGUUCGUCCACAGUCGCAGCCAUAUUUCGACUAUUUCAUUAUACUAUAUUUAUGCCUUUUCUCAUGAGAUUUCCACUCAAAUUAUUCUAAUAGCUCGAUUUUAAUCUGUGCUAAGCAAAGAUGAUGAAUUGGCUGGGAUAAAAAAAGGAAUGCAACAAGGUAAAUUCAUUGAAGUCAAUAAUGGAUAUCGAUUUCAUAUCUGUCGAAAACAUGUGUAAUCAACAUUCCCAUCAUAUAUUAGCUCUAUUUAUGGCGCUUAAAAUAGUCUUUCUAGUCUUAGAACGCAUCCGAGUAAGCGACUCACUAAAAUGCAGUAAUUAAAACCAACUAUAUCGAGUAAUUCUCAAUGAUGAUUGACUCUGAUUUCGUGGAGUUUUGUGUCUAUUAGAAAAGUCUGUUUUUCUGUUGAAUGGUUCGUUUGUUGUUUUUGCCUCAUAGCAACAUUUUACGCUGCACUUCUGUCUGUUUUUGCCUUAUUUUAUGUUAUUUGUUCGGUUCUUGUCAACUAAACACUCUACUGCGAAGGGCUGCACAUAACAAUAAUAAAACAUUCAAGGUAACGAACACAAAACGAUUCAUUUUAAACAAAAAAAAAAUCAUAUUUCAAAUAAGAAAUUCAGCUCGCAGAGACCACAAACACCUAUUUUCGUUAUCGUGGGAUAUGUAGGGAUCAAUAGCAUUCAAAUAGAAAUUAUGUUUAACAGAGAUAAAGUUUCUUAUCUAUCUAUGAGAAUAUCUGUUUCUAGAGCUCGAACAGAUCAUGAUUCCUUUAUAAUUACCUUCGCGACUUGUUUCAUUCUUAAAUUUACAGGUGAUUGCUCUACGAAGGUUGACAGAAUGAGAAGAGUGGGUUUUUUUCUAUACUUAUUUAAGUAUAAAUGUUAGAAAAUUUAAGUUAUAAAAAAAUUAGCACAUUAAUAUCACCCCUUUUCUUCGGGAUCAAUACGACAAACCAGUUCGUAUUUCAAUGCGAAUACAUGAUUCACUGUGAAAAGGAGGUGAGCAAGCAAGCCAUCCAUUUAUAUAUAUUUUUCUGUAUCAUUCUGUAUCAAACAUGAUACUCCUAAAUUUCUUUUCGUUUUAUUAAUGUGCUUACCGUCAUGCAAGAAUGCAUUUCUUUACAAUCUUUAUCAAUACCGUCUACUAUAGUUUUUGUAUAAAUUACAUUUCAGAUAUACUUUUCGAAGCACAUGGCAGACAUGAAAUUAUGUUUCAUCAAAAUAUUGGCCCAAAGUAUUACAUAAAAUCGUUUUCAUUUGAUUUUAGCCAAUCUAAUAUUUUUCGUACGAGGAACAGUUAAGUCUGACAUAGAUGAUGACAUAGACCUUUGUUUGAUGACUAAAAAAAUGCAUUUUGUAAUUUAACAUAUCUUUCCACUAACUUGUUGAUAUUAUUAUUUCUGCCUCAGUAUAUUUCUUUUCUUAUUUUUAUUACUUUUACUAAUUGAAAGCAACGAUCGAUUUCCAAACAUGAGACGAAAAACGAUUUGAAGCCACCUUUUUUUGAUGACGAUCACAUAGAGGUACUUCAUCGAUUUUAGUUGUGAAUAAUUGAAGAUCCUAUGACUUCUGAUUUUGAAAUUGACUUUUUCAAAAACAAAGCAAAUGCAUUUCUACCAUACUAAAAUAGUUUUGUAGGGCCAUAUAUACUCUAACAUAUGUAAUAAUCUUUUAAGUAUGUAUGGAAAUCUAUUUCAACAUGAGAAAAUUGAUGAGUAUUGCAUGCAGUUCUUUAUUUUCCUAACAGUUAACACAUUAAUUUGCAUGAGUAUAUAUGACGAUGGGGUGAUUAUUUUGAAAAUUCUUGAAAAAAAUAAAUACUUUUGAUGUGCUUAGGAGCUUCUCUUACUUAUCGUCAGACAGACACAUGAAUAAUCAAGAAACUAGUCAUAUCCUUAUUAGUAAUCAUUAGACAGAAAAAACAAUGAGAGACUACGAGUGUAAAUAUAAUAGAGAGCACAAUGAAGACAAGCAUAUAGCUUGAAAAGUAUUCGAAACGUGUCACUUCUUUACACGAGAUAAGGGUGUGGGUGUGCGUGUGGCUGGGUGUAGGUGUGGGUGUUCGGGUCGCUGCGGGUGUCGGUGUGGAAGUGAGUCUUAUUGUCAUGUGUAGCCACAUCCCCACACACACAGCCACAGCCAUACCCCACACCCCACACCCACUCACAUCCACACUCACACCCACGCCGACACCGCACACCCACACCCACACCCACACCCACACCCACACCACACCCACACUCACCCACAUCACCCACCCACACCCACACCCACCCACACCCUCAUACACCCACACCCACACCCUCACACCCACACCCACACCCUUAUCCUAGUCAAAAUGAACUCGAAUUGAUACUUUCUCGGUAUAAAAGAGUGUGGACAAUCAUUGGCAAACACGUGUCAUUUAAAGCAAUCUGGUAAAUCAAAAAUUCAGUUUUUUCCCUCUUGAUUUUUUUCUGAUUAAAACGUAAGUGGUGGAAAACUCAGAAGUAAUGCACGACUUGGAAUAGAGUCAAAAUAUUUUUAGACUGAUAAUGGUAAAGUGCUCCCAGAGCAAAAAUUGUGACCCUUGUAUUUUUACAUGGUUGAAUAGAGCUCGCCGAGCUGAUCAUGAAUAUCACCUUUAAAAUAUUUUUCGAUCGACUUUUGGCUGAAAAAUCUUCGAAAUAUGAGUAAUACUCUCAAAACUGAACUUUUGAGUAUUUUUCAGGAAAUUUCAAGAUUUCGCUCAUUUAGACUAAUAGUAAAUCUUUGAACCUAAUUAAUUGAGAUUCAGCGUCAGAAAAUGAGUCGAACUGUGUAACUUUUAAUUAGUUUCAAAGAUUUAUCAUUAGUCUAAGUGAGCGAAAUCUUGAAAUUUCCUGAAAAAUACUCAAAAGUCCAGUUUUGAGAGUAUUACUCAUAUUUCGAAGAUUUUUCAACCAAAAUUCGAUCAAAAAAUAUUUUAAAGGUAAUAUUCAUGAUCAGCUCGGCGAGCUCUAUCCAACCAUGUCAAAAUACAAGGAUCGAAAUUUUUCUCUGGGAGCACCUUACCAUUGUCAGCAUAAAAGUAUUUUGACUCAAUUCCAAGUCGUGCAUUACUUCUGAGUUUUUCACCACUUACGUUUUAAUCAGAAAAGAAAUUUUCUACAAGAUACACUAGAUCCCGUCGCUGGCACCGAACUUCGAUCUAAACGUGGCAUGCUUUAGAUGGAUAUGCUCGGUAGUAAUUUGGAUUCCCCAUUUUAUUCAAGAAGAACGUUUCAAGAAUUCAAUCUUAAUCCGAAUUUAUAAAGAGGUAAUUUUACAAACUAUUUCAAAAUGAAGCUAAAACAAUACUAUUCUGUAAAGUAACUAAAACUCAACAUUAGUUUUAAUUUCAUUAUUCAGAAAAUACAAGAUUGCCUUGAAAAAUUUUCACAUUUGAAGUCUCGAUGCUCGUAACAUGCGAGACUUCAGAUAUGUAUCCUAAACGAAUAUCAAUCCGUAAUUAUUUGGAGAUGUUGACAAGCUGAUCACCGAUUCUUCUUUAUACCGUUAAAGUAUUUCAAUACUUUCAUAUUUCACAGGUAUUUAUAAUAUGGGUUUUCGAGCUCCAAGCAAAAUUCAAGAAGAAGUUCUAUAUCAUUUAUUGAACAACCCAUCAAGAAACAUAAUAGCACAAUCCCAAUCUGGUACAGGCAAAACCGCUGCGUUUUCAAUAGCAAUUAUAUCACGGAUUGAUCCAGCUAAUCAAUCACCACAAGCACUUAUUAUUGUACCAACAUAUGAACUAGCACUACAGAUUGGCUCAGUUAUUGAAAAAAUGGCACAAUUUUUGCCAUAUAUUCAAAUUGCUUAUGCUGUCCGUGAUCCAACAAUGUCAAAAAAACCUAAUCUUGUCCGUAGAAAACUUUUAGCUGAACCGAUUGUGAUUGGCACACCAGGUACAGUUGAAGAUUGGUGCCGUCGACUACGUGUUAUAGAUUUAAGUAGAUUACGUAUUUUUUGUGUUGACGAAGCUGAUGUUUUGAUAACAGCCGAAGAUUUUCAACAAAUACUUUUUAGUCUUCGAUUAUAUCUUAAGGAUUCCAGUUGUCGAAUGAUGUUAUUUUCAGCUACAUAUUCAGAUGAUGCUAUCAAACUUGCAUGUAGACUUACUCAAAGACCAGUUGUUUUAAGAUUAGAACGUGAAACACAAGCAUUACAUAAUAUAAGACAAUUUUUUGUAUUUUGUGAUAUUCCACACCAAAAAUAUGAUGCUAUUGAACAAAUUUAUGCUUCCUUAACUAUUGGACAAGCAAUCAUUUUUUGUAGAAAAAUAGCAACAGCACGCAGUUUAGCUGUUCGAAUGGCGAAUCAAAAACAUUCAGUACGAGAAUUAACAUCAGCUUUAGAUAUUGAACAACGUAGAACAGUUAUGAGCCAAUUUCGCGAAGGUUUAUUUGGUGUACUUAUAUCAGCAAAUGUUGCAACUCGUGGCAAGUUGAAUCAUAUUAUUUUCUUUUGUGAAACACGAUCUAAAAGGAGUAUUGAAGUAUAUAGGGGUAUUGAUGUUGCGGAUGUGUCAUUAAUUAUUAAUUAUGAUAUGCCUGAACUUGUGAACUUUAAACCAGAUUAUGAAACAUAUCUUCAUCGAAUUGGUCGUUGUGGUCGUUUUAAUAGACCAGGUUACGUAUUUAAUUUAAUCAAUUCAUUAUAUGAUGUUAUUACAAUGAGAUCAAUUGCAGAAUAUUUUAGUCAUCCUAUUGAAGAAAUUGCUAUUGAUGAUAUAAGUGAUCUUGAACCAUAUCAAGAUUAA